UCCUCCGCCCCGACCCACGUGCUCCGGCUUUGUGCGGGCCGGCCCGGCGUUCCUUUCGCUUUCCUUUUCCUCUGCCGGCUUUCCAUGGCGGCCUGGUUCAGUUUCAGGGCGGAGGAGGACGAGGACGGGGACGAGACGUGCUUCUGGAGGUACGACUCCACCUGGGAGGAAGACGACGACGAGGAGGAGGACAAGGAUGGCGGUGAAGGCCAGCCUAAGGGAGCGGAGGCGGCCGCCGGGGAGGAGCCGGAGGAUGCGGAGAAGUCUGUGCUGAGCUCGCCGCGGGAAUCCCGGCAGGCCCAGCCUAGAUGGUAUACUAUAUUCCUGAAGCUGCUAAUGUAUUUAUUGAAUACUGAGGGACAAAGAAGAUCCAAUUCGUCACCAUCGUUUCAGAGGAGUUUUAAGAUCUCAGGCAGGCGCAACUGGAAUGCAGCAAGAGACUUGCAGAGAUACAGGCAUCGUUACCCGGGUUUGAUAGAAUCAGAAACUGAUGAGGAAGAAGAUAUGUGGAACUUGAGCUUCUACAAAAAUGAGAUUGCUUUUAUGCCCCACGGUUUGCAUAUUGAAGAUCUGCUUGAAUCUUGGUGGGACAACUAUGAGGUUCUGGAAGAAAACCAUUCAUACAUACAGUGGCUAUUUCCUUUACGUGAACAUGGGAUGAAUUUUCGUGCGAAGCCGCUCACGUGUCAAGAAAUUGAGGCCUUGAAGAAGUCAGAGGAAGCUAUGGAAAGGUUUAUACGUGCUUAUCGACUCAUGUUGAGAUUUUAUGGAAUAAUUCUAGUGAACCAGGAAACUGGAGAACUCAAGAGAGCAGAGAAUUGGGCUGAAAGAUUUCUAAACUUGAACCGGUUUAGCCACAACAAUUUACGGAUUACUCGCAUCCUGAAGUGCCUGGGGGAGAUGGGAUAUGAACGCUAUCAAGUGCACUUGGUAAAGUUUUUCCUAACAGAAACUCUUGUUAAUGAGACAUUACCAAAUGUCAAGAGAAGUGCCUUGGACUACUUCCUGUUCACCAUCAGAAGCAAGCAGAAGAGAAGAGAACUAGUCCACUACGCUUGGCAGCACUACAGACCUCAGGGCAGCUUUGUGUGGGGGCCCCAUGACAAACUCUUGAAGUACAGACCCCACUCCAACAAGUCAAAGUUGCACCAAAAGGCUGAAAAUGAACAGAAAACUCCUGGUAAAAAGAUUGAUGAUUCAGUGGAAGAGGGUCAGAACCAGACUGUAGAGGAGGAGCAGAAGGCUGGUGAUGCUGCCGAGUUGCAAACUGAAGCAAAUGAAGAGGACACGGCGGAGAAGAUAAGCAAAUGUGUCUCAAAAGAUGGGGAUGAUGAAGAUGAGAAAAAAACUCGAUUUGCUCAGCAGGAGAAGGAUUGCAACAGUGAGGCUGAAUUGCAAGAUGCAACAGAGAAUGACUGUGGAAAGGAGAGCAAGAAGAGAAAACUGGAUGCAAAUUUGGCAGACGCCGUAAAGAGCGGACAACUGAAAAGCCCUUCUGACAUUGAGAAAAUUUCCAGUAAUCUGGAAGAAUGUGCAAUUGAUGCAGAAAUCCCCUUGGAUCCACUCUUACAGUCAGAACAAGACCAAGAAACACCAAAAGAAGAAAAUGCAAACCCCAAAGACUUAACAGUGUCAGAGGCUGGUGAUGCAGCCAUAAAGAGGAGGAAAGUUGAUAAGAGAACACAAAGAAAUAAAACGUUCAACUUGGCCAUCAAUCUGAACAUGGCCCCACCUGCUCACAGUGCCCAGUCACAUCCGUCUGUUUCAAAUGCUAAGACUGAAGAUGAAAAAGUCAGUGAGAAAAAGGCGGCUGUGAAGGAGAUGAGUGAGAAGGCUGAGGGCAAUGCAAAUGGCGGGGCUCUGAACUCCUCGGCUGCCUCCGUGCUUCCCAGCACUGCUCAGACUUCUCCACUGAGUGAUGGCGUGGAGUCAAGUGCAGAUCAAGUCACAGCAAAGAGUGAUGAGCACCCCUGCAACACCACCCUCCUGGAAGGCAACAGUGAGGUGGGUGGGGUAGAACAGCAUAAAAACACAGCAAAUGCAAGUGAAAAAGAAGGUGCACAAGCCACAGGCAACGAACAAAUUCCAGGGAGUCCUGAGCAGAGCGUUGCAUCCUCGUGUGCAGAACAAGGCAGCACUGAGGUUGCAAUACAAAGAACGGGUAGCUCUGAGCGUGUUGCAGAGCCUGGUGAAGAGCACAUAGCAACAGUGUGAGAGCAGCACGGUGAGCACUCGAGCAAGCAGAGGUGUGCUGCCCUAACUACUGAGAGCCAACUUCUGCAAGCUGUACGCUAUGGAGAAAAUAAACACUGACUGGGCUGAUUCAGGCUCACCCCUGUCUCAUUGUCACCCUUCCUCACUUUGAUAAGGUCAUCAGUAGUGACUCUGCUGAGAACCAGCACUUGGUUGCCCUACAGAGGAAAACUUUAAAUUAGUCAUCUUCCUCAACAAGCUGUGGUGUUUGUGUUCCUAUUUUUUAUCUGAUGUUCAGAAUUCUCUUGGAGCAACAGGGAUUUUUGCACUUUGCUUUGCUUCUGGUAUGUCCCUUUUUAAAGAAGGAGAAUGUUAAUCAGUUUCCUUGAUUUGAUUUAGUAUUUAAUAAAUACAUGAAUUUUAAUGUAAGAUAGCAUGAUGUAAUUUGCCAGACCUUUCUAUUGCCAUAUAAAUUCUUGGUUGUUUUGGAAGGCAGCACCUUCACAGAAGACUUAUUCCUGCAGAGGUGUCUCUUUCCUGGGCCAUUUGCCUGAAAGAGAUGAGAGCAUUAUGUAAAGAGAUGAGAGAUUUUGCAUCAUAUAAGAGUUUUGUUGCCUCUCCUCCUGUAAGAAAACAAGUUUGAAUUAAGACCAGGAUAAAAUGUGUAAUAUUAAUGUGUCUGUGACCGGUAUUAACCUUUGUGUACAGAUAAUGUUCUCCAUGGUGCAAAAA